GGCGGCUGCUGGCAGGUGACGCGGGGCUCGGCGCGGCCGCCCCACCACGCUCUCUGGUCCCUGACCUUGGAGGGCCGGUGGCCCUGCAGGCCUGACUCCCAGAGAGAGAGGCAGAGACACAGGCAGAGGGAGAAGCAGGCUCCAUGCAGGGAGCCGGACGUGGGACUCGAUCCCGGGACUCCAGGAUCACACCCUGGGCCGAAGGCGGCAGCACUAAACCGCUGGGGCCCUGGAGCUGCCCCCAACAUCUUUCUCCCUUACUCAGGUGUUCUGUCCCAGACUUCAAAUUAUUUUCUUAAAUAUCAAGAUACUGUGGUAAUAAAUCAUCGUUAGUCAAGAAGAUGUCUUCAGCACCUGAGUCUCCCGGCUUUAAAAAGGAACCACCCCAAGAGAAAGACUUUCAAAAUCCAGGGCUUAGAGGAGUCCGCACAACAACCUUAUUUCGAGCUGUGAAUCCAGAGCUCUUCAUUAAGCCUAACAAACCUGUAAUGGCUUUCGGAUUGAUAACUCUUUCGCUUUGCGUGGCAUAUAUUGGUUAUCUACAUGCAACACAAGAGAAUAAAAAGGACCUGUACGAAGCUAUUGAUAGUGAGGGACACAGUUACAUGAGGAGAAGAACAUCUAAAUGGGACUAAUAGUCCUGGAUAGCACCAAUGGAGCUUCUUAAAGGGCCCUGAAAUCUUCAAAGGAAAGACUUUGUGAGUGCAUAGUAUAAGCUUCUUGUUCUGGAAAGUGCUGAUGAGGAAAAAAAAGGUAGCACUUGCAGCCAGGCCCUGAGGCUGCAGCCCUUACCUAAUUCUUUUUCCACAGUGGGAGCUUCUCAAUUAAGUCCUCGUAUCAAAGUGCCAAGAGACGGAAGUUGUUUUUGUUAAUUAUUAAGUUCUAUAUAAUAAAAGAACCCAAUGCUGUGAAAUUUGCAGGGUAUUUUUAAUGUUUUAAGGUGAAUUGUUCAUUUGCAACUGUUGUGAGAGUUUUGUUUUGUUUUGCUAUCCGCAAAGGCAAUGUUCAUUUUCUUCCUGGCAUAGAACCUGUUAUUUAUGAAAAGAAAGAAUUGCAAAUUAUUAUGAAGCCUGCAGUUAACAUUCAAGACAAAGAAUUUUUAGAGUCACAGGUGGCUCAUGUAUUUAGGUACUCCAUUUCAGCUACUUUUGGACCAGAAUUUUAUUUCCUUUGAAAAGGUAUUCCCACUCAACUACUAAAAUUAAUAAAAGAGAGAAUAACCCAAUGCAAUUGGAGUUCUUCUCCAAAAAACCAUAUUAUACUGAGGUAUGAUGUUUUUAUGUGAUUACAACCAAAUAUUCUAUUUUAGUUUUUGUAAAUUAAUAUUACAAUGAUAUUAUGAACAUAAAACCAAAUUUCCUUAUGGUUAUUUUAAAACUAGAACUAUUUAAUAGAUAAGAAAAGGUCUUCUUACUCUCCUGGGUUUACUUUAUAUAAUUUAGAUUUUUCUGGAUGUGUUUCAUUUGUAAAUUUUUAUCCUGUUUUCCAAAUCACUGUAAUCAGUAAUAAACCUUAUCCAUGAAAUUUUGUAUCAUUUAUUAUUACCAAGUAACAAUAAUUACAUAGGCAGAGUUUAUCAUCAUAGUUUGAGCUUUUAAUUUCCAGUACUUUAUUGUGGUUUUGUAAGAUAUGUGAAAAUGCAAUUAUGUCUUAUUUGUAGAUAUUAAAGAGUUUAACUGUUAUCAAUAUGCAACUAAAUCAAAUCUUUAUUCCUGAGCCCUGAAUAUUUCUUUGCUAUACCUCUCUAUAUAGUACACUGCAUCAGUUUAAAAUGCACAUAAGUGGUAUAAAAUGCCUUUUGAUUUAAA